CCCGUAUUUACUUGCCUUUCCCUCCCUCCCAUUAGAGUGCCAGUCAUGAAUAAUCCCCCGGAGCAUGUCUACAAACCGCUUAAUUCGCACGUCCGCCAUGGCCUAGACGAGGACUACAACUCAGAAACUUUCAUGAGCCUUCUCGCUAGCACGUUCUACAUCUACUUUGACGACAAGCGGCAUCAUACCAACGGGAAUCCUGUAACAGAAGAGGAAGUGCUUACCAACAUAAAGAACUACCAGCCGAUUCCUGAUUGGAAGGUGAUGAAGGAACGCCAAAAGACGGUUUCGGCCGCGCUCGUGUUGUGCCUCAAUCUCGGUGUAGACCCACCAGACGUGAUGAAGACGCAUCCCUGUGCCAAACUCGAGUCCUGGGUGGACCCUGCUGAUUUCAGUGACACAAAAAAGGCUAUUGAGACCAUCGGUAAGAACCUCCAGUCACAGUACGAGACGCUUUCAUUGAGAACGCGGUACAAACAGUCGCUUGAUCCGUGCGUGGAGGACAUGAAGCGCUUCUGCAACACCCUCAGGCGUAACGCCAAAGAGGAACGCAUUUUGUUCCAUUACAACGGCCACGGGGUACCCCAGCCCACCACCAGCGGCGAAAUUUGGGUUUUCAAUCGAGGCUACACCCAGUACAUUCCCAUCUCACUCUAUGAUUUGCAGACCUGGUUGGGGGCACCGUGCAUCUUUGUCUACGACUGCAACAGUGCCGGAAACAUCGUGUCAAACUUCAAAAAGUUUGUGCAAAAGCGCAUUGACGAUGACAACGAGGGCAACCACGACGUCUCGGCGCCAUCGCCCACCUCUGCCUACAUCGAUUGCAUUCAGCUCGCGGCCUGCCGGUCAAACGAGAUUCUCCCCAUGAACCCUGACCUUCCUGCUGACCUCUUUUCGUGCUGCCUCACGUGUCCGAUAGAGGUUUCCAUCAAGUGGUUCAUCAUGCAGUCGCCGUUGUCGAAUAACCACUACGCGCAGCUCCUCACAUCGCUGAACGGCAACAUUGUCAUCCCGGGUAAGCUCACCGACCGACGGACACCGCUAGGCGAGUUGAACUGGAUUUUCACCGCCAUAACAGACACCAUCGCGUGGUCCUUGUUGUCACGGCCGCUCUUUAAGAAGUUGUUCAGACAGGACUUGAUGGUUGCGGCAUUGUUCCGCAACUUUCUCCUCGCCAAGCGCAUCAUGCCGUUCCACAACUGUAACCCGAUCAGCGAUCCGCCGUUACCGGAAGCGGUCAAGAACCACCACAUGUGGGAGUCGUGGGACCUUGCGAUUGAUCAGGUGCUUUCACAGUUGUUGAAGAACCCAGCGCCGGUUGCCGAGAGUGUAGGCACUGCUGUGCUAGUGGUCAAUGGCAAUACCGCCAACGGCAAUGCGAAUGGAACGGUCGGUGAAGCCGCGAAGGCGAUCCCUGCGGAGAUUUCCAACUACCAGCACUCCACCUUUUUCGAACAGCACCUCACGGCGUUCGAAAUGUGGCUCAAGUACGGUUCUGCCUCCCGUACCCCUCCGGAACAGCUCCCAACGGUCCUCCAAGUCCUCCUCUCGCAGGUCCAUCGCUUGCGAGCCCUCAUUCUCCUCUCCAGUUUCCUAGACCUUGGUCCCUGGGCGGUCUACCUCUCCCUCUCCAUCGGUAUCUCUCCCUACGUUCUCAAGCUCCUCCAGUCGCCGGCCCAGGAGCUCAAGCCGCUGCUCGUCUUUAUCUGGGCCCGCAUCAUGUCCAUUGACCACGUUAACACCCAACAGGAGUUAUGCCGCGACAAGGGCUACAACUACUUCUACCUCAUUCUUAACACCAACCAGGUGUUGAUUAACGACAACCACAAGGCAAUGAGUGCCUUUAUCUUGACGUUGUUCAUCAAGGAUUUCAAAAACGGACAACGUUUGAUCUUCUCUGUCGAACUUAUCCACAAUUUGCUCCUCAUGGUUGAGCAUAGCGAGAAUCCGCUAUUACGUCAGUGGUGUCUGUUACUCUUAUCCCAGUUGUGGAUCGACUACCCCGAGGGCAAAUGGAUCGUGGUGAAGGAGGGAUUGCUUGCCCGCUUGGUGAAAUCCCUCAAUGACCCUAUCCCGGAGGUGAGGACAUCUAUUGUCAUGGCCCUCACAAAUUUCAUUGCGGUCGAUGAAACCAAACCGGAGAUCCAAAACCAGUACGUGAAGCUCGCAAUCUCCACUCUUGGGCUUGUUGGAGAUGGCUCGUCCAUGGUGAGAAAGGAGAUCCUCAUAUUCUUUUCCAAAUUUGUCGCCGCCUACCUCAACUUCUUCCUCAUCACCGCCUUCAGCCAGCUCGAAGAAGAGAUUGUGCUCCUUGAUAACUCAACCAUGCUUCCAGAGGUCAGGAAAAAGUCUCCCACCUACGGGACCGUCUUCAGUUCGGUGUGGAAGAUCCUCCUCAUCCUCUCACAGGAUCCACACAGCGAGGUCAAGGGCAUGGCUGAGGAAGUGAUUGACUACGUGAUUUUCAGCUUGAAGAGCAAUGCCGACUUGGGUGCUGUGGUUCGCGAAAUGGCGGGCUACUUGCUCGAGAGGUCGUCGAAACCAGCCGUGUUGGACCAGAGAACGCAGUUGAGUCUCAACGGUGGAACCAAAAGCGUCAGCGCCUUGAAUGGCGCCCGAAAUAUCAACAUUGUUGUACACAGACCAGAUCACAGGCUCAGUUCGUCCCAGAGUAACCCCAACUUGGGUGACACGGCGGACAACUCCAUCACUGGAAAGCUAUUCAACUUACUUCCGCGAAUGCUACAGACCUUCCAGCUUAACGGUGAAACGACAGAAAAGCUCAAGUUUAACAAGAUUCUCAACUCUUCGGUCCCGGCCCAUUACGGUUCCGAAUACCAGCCCAAGACACCAAGAUACACCCCCCGUGUGUUGAACCGCGAGCCUUCCCUCCUUUUCACCUCCAACUUCUUCAAGUAUUCCUGUGAGUACUUCCAAGAACCGCAGAUGCGUGCCUCGGAGCUGGAUGAACCGGGCUCCGAUGAGUACAUUAAACGGUUGUGGCGUCGUAACCGCAACGAAGCAAUCAUCCAGGAAACCCAACCACAGAAACAGCUUGCAAUUCGCGGAAACUGGAAACCCAGUGGGUUUUUGGAAAACAAGACGCAGCCCGGGCUCAUGAAAUUCAUGCAGUUUGAAAGCUACUUGGUGUCGAGUGACGUAAAAGACAACAUCACCGUGUGGGACUGGGAAGAGCAGACCGUGGUGAGCCGGUUCUCCAAUGGUAACCCCUUUGGAACCAAGAUCACUGAUAUGAAGUUCAUCAACGAGGAUGACUCGCCGUUGCUCAUGACGGGUUCAUCUGACGGUGUAGUAAAGAUCUAUCGAGACUUUUACGAAUCGGAGAAGGUUGAGCUAGUUUCUGCCUGGAGAGCCCUCACAGACAUUCUCCUCACCUCCAAGACGACGGGAUUGAUAUCCGAGUGGCAGCAGUCGCGUGGGUCUUUGCUCGUGAGUGGCGAUGUGAAGAUAAUCCGUAUCUGGGACGCCCCUAGGGAACUCUGUGUGGUGGAUAUUCCCGCCAGGUCUCCCUCGUCUAUUUCCUCUUUGACCUCUGACCAGGUGGCGGGUAACGUCUUUGUUGCCGGAUUCACGGACGGGAGUUUGAGGGUGUAUGACCGCCGUUUAGACUCUCGUGACUCGAUGGUGAAGUUAUGGAAACCGCAAAACACCAGGGGCUUUGUAAGAAAUGUCCACAUGCAAAGAGGUGGUUACAGAGAGUUGGUCAGCGGGACUUCUGAUGGCUCUGUCAGCCUCUGGGAUAUCCGUGCCGAUGAGCCUGUGACGUCCUGGGAGGCCUACCCUGGGAAGACCAUGAGGUGCGUCGAGGUGCACGAGCACGCACCAAUUGUGGCGACGGCAUCGAAAUCGUUAGCGAUCUGGACGACGUCGGGGGACAUGUUGGCGAACCUCAAGAAUCCAUAUAGCUAUUUGAGCAACAGGACCUCUAGCUACUUGUCGAGCAUUGCGUUCCACCCACAUAGGAUGAUGCUUGCAACAAACUACCACCAGGAUAGCAACGUAAAUGUAUACCAGUGCUCGGAGAACUAUAGAGAGUACUACUAAAGUGGAGCCCUGGUUCUACCGGAAUUUGCAUAGUACAUCUACUUUUCCGAUUAAGAGACUGUUAGUCGUGUGCAUGGUUAGUUGCUAUCCUAGUUUGUUUCACCUGUGUUUACCCUGUCUAUUUCCCUCUAAAAAAAGUAUUUGAAUUUUAC